UUACCGUUUCUUUGUCCCGGAUGUGAUAAACGAUUCGCCACGGCGGCAAGUUUGUCCCGACAUCGAAAAGCGGUCCAUGACGGACGACGCCAUAAGUGUGACCUCUGCGAAAUGGAGUUUCUCUACUCGUUUGUGCUGGCCCGGCAUAAAAACGUGGUGCACAGAAUAGGCGGACCCCUGAAUCAAAAGACAAAUCAAAAACCAGCCACCAUCCGGUGCACGUGUCACAUUUGUGAGAAAACUUUCAGGGACAAGAACUGUUACUCGAGACAUGUCGAACUCAAACAUUUUGGCGAAAAGACGUCGUGUCCCUAUCACUGUUCGGAAGACACUUUUGAAACUGAGCAAGAAUGGGGGGAUCAUCUCGAACAGUGUAAAUCGGACGGGAUGACGAAAGAAUCCAGCAGUUUGUGCCUCUCGUGUGGAUCCAAAUUUCGAAGCGAGCUAUUACGGAUUCUUCAUCAUGUUCGAGUACACAAGAGUUACACGUGUACCACGUGUGAUAGGAAGUUUACGCGGCAAGGAUUUCUAAGUAGGCAUGGGUGUUCAUCAAACGGGGACGCGGAGGAGGAGGACGAUUUGUAAGAAUUCGUACUGACUUUUAUUUAAUGAAACGCAUAGGAAAUUCGACAUAAGAAUUUUGCAAUUUUGGUAAUGUACAAAUGAUAAUGUUGAACUACUUGCCUUUUAAUUAAUCCACUUUUAGUUUAGUAAGCCAGAAUUGUCCAGGAUUUUGGUUAGUUGCGUGAAGAUGUGAAC